AUAAUUACCGCAAGUCACCACUUUAAAAUCUGAGACCAUGGAUGUCCUCUGACAGCUUUUUUUUAAUAUUUUUAACAUGAGAUUUUCGUUUUACUUGUCUCUGUAAGAAAAAAAACCAAGGUUCAAAAUCUCUCUAAAAAUUCAGUUUCUCUAUCAUUUUAUUUGAAGAAUCUUUAAAAAAUAUGGUAAAGCCUGUCUCUAAAGAGUUUUUGUUGUAAAUCUAAACCCUUUAAAAGAAAAUUCUUCUUGUUCUUCAUCUUCAGUUUUUGCAGGAGAAAAAUGGAAGCUUUUGAAAAGCCAGCAAAAACCCUCUUUAAAGAUAAGUCUUUAGACCAGGAUGCUAAACCCCCUAAAGAAGGUUCUAAAGGUGCUGCUGCCUUUACAGUUGAAAAACCAUGGGAAAAUGGUAUUAGGGUUUCUAUAAAUGGAAAGGAAGGUUCUUGUCUUGAUGAAGAUGGUGAGGGACUUGAGGAUUCUGAGAUGAAUGGGGUUUCUUCUUUGUUACAGAUGAAAGGAAGUGUUGGGAAGAUUGAUGUUAAUGGUGGAAGUGAGAGUGCCAAAGGGUUUGGCACUCUUUUAGGUGCUGUUGAUAAAAGUAAGGAAAUUGGUGUUGAAAAUAUAUUUGCGAGUGGUGAUGAUGGUGUCCCAGCUAAGGAUAUUCAUGGGGAAACUGCGGAAAUUGAUGGGAAAGAAAGGACGGAUUUGGAUGGUAAGGAGAAUGGUGAUGGGAUGAUAAUGGGGAGGGUGGAUGAAAUAGAUGAUUGGGGGUGUGAGUUUUCUGCUGGUGAUUUUGUAUGGGGUAAGAUUAGGAGUCAUCCAUGGUGGCCAGGGCAGGUUUAUAAUCCAUCCGAUGCAUCGGAUUUCGCAGUGAAGGUAAGACAGAAGGGAAGAUUCCUUGUUGCAUACUUUGGUGAUAAUUCAUUUGCAUGGUGCCACCCGUCUCAGUUGAAGCCUUUUGAGGAGAAUUUUGAGGAUAUGUCAAAGUUGAGUAAUUCUAAGAACUUUCUCAUUGCUGUUCAGACUUCCGUUGAUGAAAUUGGCAGACUUGUAGAGUUGAAGAUGACUUGCUCUUGUGUUCCGAAAGAGAAUUGUUCUGGACUUGACAGGCCACUGGCAGCUAAUGCUGGGAUAAAGAAAGGAGUUCUUGUGCCUGAAGGUGGAAUUGGAAAGCUUUCAUUUGGUCUCUUUGAGCCUGAAGAAAUUCUUGGUAAACUGAAACAAAUUGCACAGGCUGUUUCUGUGAGUAAUUUGCUUGAAUGUACAGUGUUGAAGGGCUGGGUUUCAGCUUUUAAUCGAUCAACAGGCCGCUAUCAAAUGCCCACGUACCACGAGCCCCCGUCAAUUCCAGACCUUGAAGAAAAUGUUAGAACUCUCGUGGUGGACAUGAGUGACUAUAGUGAGGCAGUGGAAGUCCCAAUCACAGGGCGAGUUGAAGAAGGUUGGGUUUCUUCUUCAUCAGGUCCCAAAUUUGGCCAACACAGUCAAACUUUUUUGAGGUGCCCGGAGAUUUUGGAGAAUGGCAUGGAUCAGAGGAGGAAACAGAAAAGCAUUGCUGAAAUUAUAAAAGGGGAAGUAGAUGCUCAGGUCAGAAAGGAUGAGGAUGUUGCUCAGAAGGGAACAAAUUCAGGUAAACAAGCAUCCUCAUCUAGAACCAAAAAGACGAAAGGAAAACAUAAGGCUAAUGGUGAUGAUGGCAGCAAUUCAAGUUCCAUACCAAGGAAGAGAAAGGGAACUGAGCUUUCAGGAUCUCUUACAGCUAGAAAGGGCAAAAGAUCUAGUGCUGAAACGGAUGGCACCGGGGCCAAGGAAGAAGAGAUCAAUAACCAUCCUGUCUCUGCUAAAAGGAAAGUGAAUGUUGGUUCAGGGAUUGGAAAUAGUGGUGCUGAAACCAAAGGUCUUAUUGAGAGUGGUUCUUUGUUGAGGGAAAGGAAGAAGAGCAAGUACUUAUCUCCUCCUUACACAAGUCCAGCUGGGAAGCUAAGAAAAAUGGACAUAGAAGCAGAAUCCUUGAAGGUUUCCAAUGACGCUCAAGUAGGAGAUCAGAUGACUAAGGCUACUGGCAACCUUGUUAGGUCCCCUCUGGUUCUCGAUUAUAGUGGUGAAAGGAAUCAACUCCCUGGAGAAGUUCAUGCAGAGCACAAAGCAUCAAAUGGAUCAAGUUUUCAUAUGCCGGAACAAUACCUGAACAGCAUGAUCGAUCUGGAAAAAGUUAACACUCCUGCCAAUGAAGUUUUAAUUGAAGUCCAGGCUAUAGCUCUUAGUCCACAAUAUCGAAGGAAAAACAAUUCUUUCAAAAUUGUGGUGGAAUUUUUAUCUGUAUUCAGAAACUCAGUAUACCGACAUGGAUCCAACUACGAAAUAUAUAAUCAGUUUCAACCUCAUACAAAGAGGAAAUAUCCUGAUUCUGUGACUGGGUCAUCAGGACAGGACCGAAAUCUGACUGAUCAUGUUCCCUAUGAACAUAGAUCCCGGCAGAAAAAGGUUGGAAAGAAGGAUCAAUCAAAUCCCAGGCAAGCUACCGGGGCAUCACUGAAGAAAACAAGUGAAGAAUCAAAGGCACAUAAUCCUAAAAUCAAGCAAAUUGCCAAGGCCGCAGUUAUGAAGAAAAAUGAUAAUGAAGUUAUUGAAAAUGCUUCACCUGCUGCUCUCUUUGUGACUCUUGGCCCAGGAUCCCCAUUGCCUACGAAGGAUGAUCUUAUCAGAAUAUACAGCAGGUUUGGAGAUCUGGACACGGAGGGUACAGAUAUGUUCUACAAUAAUUUCUGUGCUCGUGUUGUCUUCUUAAGAAGCUCUGAUGCCGAACAAGCCUUCAACAGUUCACAAAGUGCUAGCCCCUUUGGAGCUCAUAAUGUCAGUUUUCGGCUUCUUCCUCACUCGAGUGCAUCAGCUCAUGAGCGCAGGGAAUUACCAAGUGCAAAAGCUUCUCCUCUAGCAAAGGACGGAGCCAAGAAAUCUAAGAAGCCAUCAGCUUCCCAAAGUUCAGCCGAUCAGACAUUGCAGUUUAACUACAUCAAGCACAAACUCGAGAUGCUGACAUCAUUGCUAGAGACAACCGAAGAAAAGAUGUCCUCAGAAAUAAAAUCCAAAUUACAAAGUGAGAUGAAAGGCCUCUUGGAGAAGGUAAACACAAUGGUUUGAGUCUUCAUCUUAAAUCAGGACAUAGCAAAAUACUGGAUGAACACAGUUACUUAUAGUCUUGUUUCUGGUUUAAUGAUAUUACUCACCGUUAGAAUGAAUGGGUCUAGAAGUUUAUGUCAUUGCUGUUACAUAAGUUAGGGUUUAUAUGAUAUAUAGGUAAGUCAUAUUAUUCUAGUUACCAUUUGCCUAUAUUAAAUCACCACAGGCUCCAUUACAGCUACGCAGGCACAUCUAGUACAAAAUGCAGUAGUUGGAUUAUGCUUUUUAUGAAUAAAUAUUCAGUUACUUUUUGAGGGGACUGGAUUCAGAUUUUCUU